AUGUUGCAGUUGUUGAUCAUCGGAUAUGUCAUCUAUGAGAUUAUUCGUUUAUCGAAUUUACCGGAUGCUGGAAGUUAUGCUCCACCACCACCACCACAACCACAACCAUCACUUCCGCUGUUAAGAAUGUCAUUGAUAGCAGACUUAGUUUGGAUAAAACGUGGAGUACCGAAAGCCGUACCGGAUAAGGUGAAGUUGUCGUCAGAAGAAAUCAGAACAUUGAUUCAAGAGGGUGAACCGGAAACUAGUGAAGUAUCCGAUACAGAUGCUAUAACUGGUGAUGAAACGCAACAAAGAGGUAUCCGUGGUUCAAGUCCUGAUGUAGUGGACGAAGGGAUGGAUACUGACAAGUAUAAAUUGGAUCAAUACGAUGAAAGUGAUAAUGAAAGGUCUAAUCCAUUGGCUGGGAUAACAACAUUUGCAUCGCCUAUGGAAGACCCUCACAUAACAACUUAUGUGAAUAGUGAUGAAGAAGACCAAGAAGACUUUGAAAUUAAAUCUGAUGAUAAUCUUGUUGCAGUUGCGAAAGUUUAUAAGAAUGAAUAUACAUUGGAAGUAUACUUAUACAACGAGGCAGAUAAUGAUUGGUAUGUUCACCACGAUUAUAUUUUGGAUGUGCCUCCCUUAUGUUUGGAAUCGAUAUAUUUUGACCCAGGAAACGAUGAUAAAAAAGGCAAUCUGUUAGCUGUUGGCGGGAUUGAUGGAUCAAUAGGUAUCUGGGAUUUGGAUCUGGUAAACUCAGUGGAACCGACGGUAACUCUUGGCAAAACAAAGACUUCAAAAAGAAAACGGCAAAAGCGUGAUGGCAGUGCACAAAAACAUUCUGGUGCUGUACUUUCCUUAGCAUGGAAUCGCUUAACAGAACAUGUUCUAGCAUCUGGAGGCGCUGAUAAUUCUGUGAUUUUAUGGGAUCUUGAAGAAACGAAACCUGAGACAAUUGCAACACAUUUCGAUGGAAUGGUGCAAGCAAUGGAAUGGCAUCCAGCGGAAUCACCUAUCCUUUUAACAGGAACGUUAUCAAGUCAAGUCGGAUUAACAGAUUGUAGGAAAUUUGACAAUUUAUCAAGGCAGUGGGAAGUAAGUGGUGAAGUGGAACGGCUUACAUGGAAUCAUUUCUCUCCAUUUUAUUUCUUUGUCGUCACUGACAAUGGCCAUUUCUAUCACAUGGAUACACGUAAAAAUAAACCUGUUAUAUCGAAAGAAGUACACAACGGAGGUGCUCGUAGCGUGGUGCAAAGUUAUUAUACUAAGGGCUUAUUAUCCACAUGUGGUGAAGAUGGGCUCUUAAAAGUUUGGCGCUUGCCAGAAGACAGCAGUGAUCUGGAGCUUAUUACAGAGCAUAAUGUGAAUCUUGGAGGUCUUCACAUAUGUCGUUUUUCACCGGACUCUGGAAGUGUUGUUGCAGUUGGUGGUGAGAAAGAAGAGAUGGUAAAAAUUGUUGAAAUCAGCAAAUUCGAAGAAGUUCGGAGAGCAUUCAGUUAA